AUGCUAAAGAAGGUGCAAGAAAAGCUUAUGCUGGUGCAAGAACUUACCCUCUCUACGAAAGAGACCUUGCCACAGCCCACUUCCUCGGACGAGUUAUAUUCCUUUUUUGCUAUUACCCCACUCUCUGCUUCUUCUAUAUCUGAUGAUACCUUAGCCGAGGACGAAAACGACUACGACGAAGAAAAACGAAUGAAGGCCGAUUUCCUUUUCCCGGUGGUGGGUACCUCGACUCCAAUAACAAAAGAAGAACAGUCUCCCGUACUGCCAAUCUACACUACACGAAGAAGGGAGGAAAGCCGUUGA